AUGGACACCAUUAACCAACACGGAACACCCCCCUUCUCCUCUCUUCCUUCAGAGUCUCCGUCAGGACCUCUGAACUUCAGCAUCGCUUCGCGUAGCUCGAGUUCUCCUUCCUCUUCAACUCUCCCGUUCGACGUUACGUCGUUCACCACGGAUCAAUUCCAGCAAUCAUGGCUUCCCACGCCCCCCCCACAGCCUUCGGCUCCCAGUUUGAACAACAACAGCAACAGCAACAACAACAGUGCGCUAGAGGACUUUGUACUCUAUCCCGCUCCGCAAGCUCGUCCUCAGCCUCGUCCCAGAGACUCGCGUGCUCAAGCACCCUCGGGUACUGCCCUUAGACCGUCUGCUCUCCAGCCUUUCCUGGCGCAGAAUCACCCUCGACGACAUUCCUUCAGCCUGCAGUUGCAACGCCAUCUCCAGCAGCAGUUCCCUGGUUCCCCUGUUCAGGACCCCAGAGUAACCAAGCUUGCCCGGUCUCCUUCCUACUGGUCUCAUUCCACACAUUCGCCCCAACGCCCUCCAGUUCCGCCGUUCUUCGCCGGUAGCUUCACCGAAAAACAGAAACAACAGUACAAGCAAUACAUGGCCUAUCGCCGUAACAUGUCUACUCCCAACCUUCAAGGUACUUUCCCUCGCGCUAGCUCAAACAUGUCCGCCGCUCACAACAUCCCCCAAGAUCACGACGCCGAACUCUUCGGCCUUCCAUCAACCGGCAGCAUGACUUCGCCUUUGGCCUUUGGCCAGCUGCCCUUGGGCAACGAGACCGACGGCGCCUACUCCCCCGGGGCGCCUACCGGUACCAUUUCGCCCAAGGACCUGAUGUUCGAGACAUCUGUCCCUCCAUCCGGUACAUUCACCGAUCUGAGCACUCCUCCUUUCGAUUCCCCUGGUACCUUUAGCCAGAAUCCUUCGCCGUUGUUCACCGACGUGGACUUCAUGGGCCAGGACGACUGGGCGCCUCUCUUCCACGAUGGAUCUGCCCCUAACGUCUUUGAUGUCGAUACUCCUUUCGAUGUCCCUGCUCUUCCUGAACCCAAGAAGGAAGCUUCUCUCGAGCCAACCCUCUCUCUCGCCACAGCCCCCCGCCGCGUCGCUUCCAAGGCUUCUCCCAUUCCCGCGACUGGAAACACCAAGCACUCUAGCGUCUCUGGUGUCUCACGACAGCGCAAGGAUCUCUCCCCUAUCGAGUUCGAUCCCACUGACCCUGUCGCUGCCAAGCGUGCUCGUAAUACCGAAGCUGCUCGGAAGUCGCGGGCUAAGAAGCUGGAACGCCAAGCUAACGCCGAGGGCCGUAUCCGUGAGCUCGAGGAGCUGUUGGCUCAACGGGAUGAGCUCAUUGCCAACCUCCAAGCUCAACUCGAAGUUCAACGGAGCUUGCAGUAG